GGGCAAAAUGUAGAAGAUAUUUGGAGAAGACAUGGGAAGAACAGAACGUGUGGUAACGGCUUCUUCCGUGACCAACACCCAACUUCUCUCUUCUCUUCUUCUGCUUAAAUUCACUCUUCUUCUCCGAUGACGUUAUUCCCCACCAUAGCCAGCUAAUUCUUCGUUUUCUCCACCAAUCUGAGUUUCAUUAAUGGCACAGUUGUUCUUACAAGGACGUUUGAAGUUAAUCUUGAACGGCGAAAACCCAGUUCAGUGUAAGCUUAUUGGGGGUAAUAGAACUAAUGGGUUGCUGGGAUUUGCUGAUUUAUGCUCGAUUUUCCCGUCUAGUAUCAAUGAUCACAAUGUUAGAAGAAAUGCGUAUUCAAGGAAAGGGAUAUUUAUUGCCUCUGCGAAGGGUAAUUCUCGAAAUUCUGUGAAUGGUAAAGUUAAUGAGAGUGUUCUUCAUGAAAGAAGUGAUGAUUUUGAUGACUUUGAUGAUGAUUUUGAUGAUGAUGAUUUCUCUUGUUUCAGGGGUUUAGUCCUUGAUAUUGCUUAUAGACCAGUCAAUGUAGUCUGCUGGAAGCGUGCUAUAUGUUUGGAGUUCAUGGACAAGGCUGAUGUUUUGGAAUAUUACGAUCAGACGGUAAACUCACCUAAUGGAUCUUUUAACAUACCGGCAGUAUUAAGAGUUCGCCAUUUACUUCAGGUUAUGAAAAGAAAACGAGUCAGAAACACUCUAAGCCGCAAGAACAUCUUCUAUCGAGAUGAUUACAUGUGUCAGUACUGUAAAUCAACAAAUAACUUGACUAUAGACCACGUCAUUCCAGUUUCACAAGGUGGAGAGUGGGAAUGGGAAAACUUGGUGACAGCUUGUGCUAAAUGUAACUCAAAAAAGGGCCACAAAACUUUGGAAGAAGUGCAUAUGAGCCUCGUAAAAUCCCCAAAGGCCCCGAAAGAUUACGACAUACUUGCAAUACCGCUGACAAGUGCAGCUGUAAGGAUGUUGAAAAUCAGGAAAGGAACACCCGAGGAAUGGCGUCAAUACCUCCCGAAUUGAAGGCUUUGAGUAAUGACAAUGGCUGAAGAUGAAGGGUGGUUGUACAUAAUAUCACUCUUUAGAGUACACUUGAGAUAUCCUAGUUUCUGGUCAAGUGUCCUAAUAGUUUCAGAUAAGUCUGUAUUUGGUGUGUCUUAAUAGUCACAGGGUAGUCUGUAUUUGGUGUCAAAUUUGUGCCUGUGAAAGGAUACUGGUUACUCUGUAAAUUGUGGAUCUAGGAAUUGGUAUCUUCGGGCGGAUUCAAUAUUUAACCAUUUGAAUCUCUUAAAACGACGAAAA